AAACCGGUUUUAAAGGCUUUUUCAUAAUUUAAAAAAAAAAAAAAUGAAAAGAGAAAAAAUCAGUUUGAUCGUUCAAACACAUUAGCCCUAAUUAACCCCAAAUGCGCCGCGCCUACCACCUUCUUCCCAAAUCUGCCACCUAUCUUCUUCUUCCCAAAUCUGCCGCCUACGAUCUCUCCGGCGCCGACUCACCCCGACCAACGCCACUCGUUCCUUGCGCCGCCGCCGUCGUAUCAACAGUCAACGCAGCCACGAACCACGUCCUCUGUCGCCUCUCUCCAGUCAUAAAAUCGUAGGUUUCCUCGCCGCCGCCGCCGCCACAAUCUCCGCCGGUCAGCAAGCAACGAAAAACGACGCUACUCUGAGUGUUUUUCUGAUCCCCUUAGCGCCAUACUUCGCCGCUGCUUUGAGCUGCUGCUGUACUCCAGAAACGACGCUGCUGUCAAGUUUUCUCCGGUCGCCGCCACGCUGCUCUGGUUUACCUUGCUGUACGGCAGCACGUGCAUUGCUCUUCCGGUCUGUUCUCGACUUAGCCGCUGCUCCUUGAGCGCCAUACUUCGCCGCUGCUUUGAGCUGCUGCUGUACUCCAGAAACGAUGCUGCUGUCAAGCUUUCUCCGGUGGCUGCCACGCUGCUCUGGUUUACCUUGCUGUACACCAGACGAGGCAGGAGCAGAAUUAGCUGCUUCAAUCGGAGGGCAGCACGUGCACUGCUCUUCCGGUCUGUUCUCGACUUAGCCGCUGCUCCUUGAGAUGUUGAGCCUUUCUGCCGCUUGAAGCCAAUUUCAUAUACGUGCAUUGCUAUCUAUAUAUGGCUCUUGUUCGGUAAGGUGAAGAAGCUAGACAAGGCCAAUAAGUUUAGAUUUGUUGAUCCUUACAACAUAGGACAUGUACCAUCCACUAAAAAGGAUACAAAAUCGAUCAAUGAAAGAAUGGAACGAAGAGCACAAGAUUUAGCAAAUCGACUUGUUGGUACAUUGUCCAAUCAAUUUGUAUUGGUUCCAUGUAAUGUGGAUGAGCAUUGGAUUCUUACUGUGAUCGACCCGCACAAGGAGGAGAUUGGUAUAUUGGACCCAUUUUAUAGUGGUAUUCAUGAUAGUACUUGGAAAAAAGUUAUUGAAUGGGCGUUAAAGAUGUUCAAUGCCACGAUGCAGAGGAAAGGAAGAAAGACACUAAACUGGUCAAUACCUAAGGUUCCUAAACAACCUGACAACUCUCAGUGUGGUUUUUAUGUCAUGAGAUAUAUGAAAGAUAUUAUUGAGUCUGCUAAUUUUGAGAGGAUUAGCUCGCUGCAAUUAUUGGUACGUAAUUAUUAUAAUUAUAUCUUGUUGAACAUAUUUGAUGGUUUGCCAUAUUCUUAUGGGGCAUAUCUAUUACUUUACAGUUCAAUAGCAAAAGUUAUUCUAGUGUGGAGAUUGAUGAAGUGCGGAGGGAGUGGGCUGAUUGUGUUUUGUAGGUAAUAUGAUCAAAGCUAACUUGGAUGCAAAGAGGAAAGAAGACCAUAUUUAGUUUUUGAAAAAUUGAGGCUUCAAGAACAUUUGAUUUUGAGAGUUGAUAUUAGAUUUUGUCUUCCUAGAAACUUGAUAUUAGACUUUCUAUUGUUAUAUUGAUAGUUGAAACUUGGUGCGAGACAUUGGAGAUGAUUGUAACGUACAUUGGUGCUAAUUGAUUGUGUAAUUCGAUAUUUGUUGUUAUUAGUUAUAUAUAAUUUUAUUUAAAAAACUGUUUUUAUAGGGCCUACAAAAUGUA